AAACCGUAGCCGUGGAGCGUUCCUCGUGUUGUUAGUUGUUAUUAUCGGGCACGAUUAUUGUAACGUUCUUCGCCGCCACGCAAUAUACAUCGCAGUGAUGGCUGUCGAAAGUUCCUGCUGGCCUCAGUAACCCUUCUUUUAGCCGCAAUUUAUUGCCGCUGCAUUUUACAAUCAGUCGAAAUCGAGUGUACAUACGCGCGCUACACGUUUCGGUCUUACAAGACACGUGAAAUUGUUUGUGCGCUUCUAACAAUUCAAUUUGUUGGUGCUAACAAUUCGCGCUUUUAAAUUGGGAUGAUGCCUCGAUAAAAUGUAAUAACAAACGCGAGAGAAUAUUCAUUUUUAGAUAUUUUCACCGGGACUUGGAAGAUAAUCGUUUAGUUUACAUCUUGAAAAGAAAUACACACAAGUAUAACCGAACUGAAAAAGAAGAUGAUAUUGACUCUUCAAUGAACUAAUUUGUAUACAAAGUAAGAAAUAGAGUGAGGAGUAGAGUAACAAGAUGGACAACGUAACCAAUGCACCCAACAGCAAUGAUCUUCUAAUAGCCAAGUCUGUAGCGAUGUUAGUGUUAGGACUCUCUUCAUUUUUCUUAGGGGUUCUUCCUGUAAAACUAACUAAUCUGAUCCCAUCGCUAAAAUCACCGGACGGUAAAAAGAAUCUUCUAUUGUCGUUAUUGUUAUGUUUUGGAGGAGGUGUGUUGCUAUUCACGACUUUCAUUCACCUUCAGCCUGAAGUGAGAGAAUACUUCCAUAUACUAGAGGAGGAAAACAAGAUACCUGACUUGGGCCUGAAAGGCGUUCCGUUAUCGGAACUGUGUUUUUGUCUUGGAUUCUUUUUCGUGUACUUAAUCGAAGAAGUUGUUCAUUUGUUUUUGGAUCGGAAAGUACAUGACGAAGCUUUGCAUAGAUCACUAUCCAUAAGAUGCAACGCGUCCAGAAAAGCAGAUAACAUGACCAUACCCCGAGUUACCUUGACCAAAUUCGACGACGGCAACAUCAGCUACAUUUCCAACUCCAACAAAGAACUGCUCAACUCCCAAACUACCAUCAACAUUGAGAAGCAUGGAGGUCACAGCCAUCACGCACUAAACGACUCUUUGAAGAACUCCUUCAGCGGCUUUCUGGCAGUUUUAGCACUCAGUUUUCAUGCCGUGUUCGAAGGGUUGGCUGUAGGGUUGGAAAGCAGUGUAGAAAAAGUGUGGUACCUGUUUGGUGCCAUAGCAACGCACAAACUUGUCAUUGGGUUUUGUGUUGGGGUGGAGUUGGUGUCGUCAAAGACGAAAGUAAUGCUGAUCGUACUUUAUAUUGGAACAUUUGCUGUUGUGACCCCAUUAGGAAUUGGUAUUGGCAUCAUUCUAAGCAACCUCGAGAGCAAUCAGGAAGAUAUUACCUGCGUGAUACUUCAGGGCAUGGCAGCAGGCACGCUUCUCUACGUGGUAUGCUUUGAAGUGCUGUCCAGAGAAAGAGACAACCAUCACAGUGGCAUCUUUCAACUAUUAGCAAUAUUGGCUGGAUUCCUAGUGAUGUUUGGUUUACAAACUAUAACUGGACACGAGCAUAGUCACGGUCAUGGUCACGAUCACAGCGAUCAUAAUCAUCACAUUAGCGAUCACCAUCUAGCUAAAACUACAGAACAUGCUCACGGAUCUUUAGGGCACAUGCAUUCCUGAGACUUUGUUUUAAACAUAUCUGUUGACUUUAGAUAAUUUCAUUACAGCAACCUAAUAUAUCAGGUGCUAGGCAAAGUGUGAUAAUGGACAAGAUGGGAAAUAUUCAUGUUCUUGUGCCAUGUAACUAUUUUAGAGUAUGUUGUUUAGAAGUUAUUAAUUUUAAAUAAUUAGUUUUUAACUUUUUCUGAUGUAGGUAUUUAAAUACAACUAAACAAAUGUUUAGUUAGUUCCUAAAAGUAUUCAUUGACAAUGUGACAUCAUCAUUUUUAUAAUGAAUUUUUACUUUUAAUAAAAAAUAAAUUAUUUUUA